AUGUUGCUGCAUGAACUUAAAGGGCCUAGAUCUUUUGAAGUUCUUAGAACAGUUGAUGGUCAUGUUUGUGCGACAUUUAGAGAGGCAUGCUGCAAACGUGGAAUGCUAGAAGAUGAUAUUCAAUGGGAUGCUACCUUAGGAGAAGCAGUCAUAUACCAAUCUGCAAAGCGGCUAAGAGAUUUAUUUGCAAUUCUGCUAAAAACCUGUGAUGUAGGCAGCUCUUUAGAAUUAUGGAACAAAUACAAAGAUGAUUUGCCACAAAAGUAUAAGCACCAAGCACAACUUAUCAACCCGCACAUUGACUUAGUUCACACAGAUGAAAUCUACAACAGAGCCUUAAUUGACAUAGAAGAUAAAAUAGCAUCAAUGGAUGGACCACAACUACCUUUAUUUGGCCUCCCACAAACCAAUAUAACAGAAGUCAACAGUUUAGCUACAGAGCUUAUAAGAGAAACAUCAUAA